AGCCGUUUGGCUUGCGCCAGCCCUGGCAUGGGCGCAGCGGGGCCACCGGCAGCUCCAUGGCGCCGUCAUGGCGGAAAGUGGCUAAGGCCGCCUGGAUAGCUGUGCCGCCGCUGGUUUUUAUCAAAGAUAGGUGGGUAUGGAUAUACUGCGUGGAGGGCCGUAGCAUGAGCCCGACCUUGAACCCUCAGGACACGCUGCUGAAUCGGUGUUUCCGCGAUUGUGUACUGGUUCACAGAAAUGCGGAGUUCAGGAAAGGGGACCUCGUAGUGUUGAAGGACCCGGGCACCAAUUGCCACAUAGUCAAGCGGUUGGUUGCCCAGCUUUGGCAUCAGAGCGUGCGCGACGGGCGGACAGAGGCUGCAGGCGUUGUCUCUGCUGAGCAAGCUGCGGGAAGCUGCGGUGGAGCCGGACCUGCUCUGUUACAGUGCCGGAACCAGCGCGUGCGAGAGGUGUAGAGAGCGGCGGCAGGCGAUAUUUUUGAUCAGCGAGAUGUCGGACGCGAAGUUGGAGAGUGACCUGGUGAGUUGCACGUUGGGCUCGAGUGCGUGCGAGAUUGGCAGGAAGUGGCAGCGGGUUCUGUGGCUUGUCAGCGAUUUGUGGAGAUCAAAGUUGGAGAGGGACGCGAUGAGCUACAUCGCUAGAAUCAUCACUUGCGAACAGAACGGGCAGUGGCAGCACGGGCUGUCCUUGCUGAGCGAGCUGUGGGGGGCGGACUGGAGUCGAGGGUGACCGUGAGUGGACCGCAGAUGGCUGCCUCGAGCCCGCUGACGCCACCGCCCCCGCCCCGCUCUCGUCCUCGCGGCGGCGCGCGCGCCGAGGGGGGAAGCGCGAGGAGGCAGGCCUUCUCC